AUGGUGCGACGGAAGUUGACAAUCGUGGUGCUUGCUUGCUGUCUCCUCGUCCUUCCUGCUCCAUGCGUGGGAUCGGAAACCGAGGAGGAGUGCUCGAAGGUGUACAUGGACACAGUGGAGGACGAGGCCUCCGGUCUCCCAACAUUUGCGACUGCGAUGCCGAGCUUUCUGCUUGAUGUCACUCGCUGUGUUGCAGGAGACGAGCAUCAUGGAGUGAACGAGGCGCUGGCAAGCAGAGGCUCCCUCGCCAUCUCCGGCUUUGAGCAGCGAGGAUAUGAAGCCGUUCAGGCCAUCGAUGGGGUCUCAGGAGCCUCUGACAAUGGAUGGGCUUACUUGGGUCGGUUGGAUGAGGCUUGGUUGAUGGUCAAAUUUCCGAUGGCGACGGUGACGAGCAAGAUGAACUUGUGCUCGGGAUAUGAAAGAGUUGAUCAUCACAUCACGAGAUUCAUCCUUCUAUUCACUAACAUGACCUUCGACAACGUAGAGGAAGCCAGAGGAUCGGACCCGCUGCUUGCUGGAUCGCCAUGGUACGUGAUUCCAGGGUUGAGGGGAAUAGGCGAAUCAGUGAAAGUGCAGGAGGACGGGUACACAGUGAAGGUGAAAGGAGGCACAAGUGAACUUGUGCUCACAUACCCGCGACUAGAAGCGACCAUGUUCUAUGUGAAGAUCGAAGAGAGCGACACGGCAGAUACGGAAAAUGCUGUCGUCAACGAGAUCGAGUUUCUGCUCGAAGAAGAGCUCUUCUCGUGGACUACAUGCACCAUGGAAGUAUACCUGGACAACGAGCUCCUAGUGAAUCACUCACGCACCAUCUCGUUGCUGCCCCUCCAUAGGGGAGAGACAGCGGGAGAGAGCCCCACAGACAGGGUGCUCCGCGUCUCCCUCCCCAACAUCAAUGGAGUGCAUGAGCUGCGCGUGCAGCUAGGAGUUCCGUUGGAGCAUGUGCACUUUCUGGUCUAUGACAAGUUGAACCAGGCGCUACAGACGUACGUGGCGUUUCCCUACCCCAACUUUGUCUUCGGUCGUGACAUGCAGCCGUUCGUGACAGUGGGCGCGAGCGGUCGGCAGUGUAUCGGAGAUGCUCCUCUGGACAACUCGACGGGCUUUUGCUGGCACCAGCCCCACCAGACCUAUUAUGUCAACCUUGACAUCAUGCCCUUGGCUUUCUCUGGGGAAGCUGAUUGUGCUGCCUGGCUGUGGAGGGCAGGUCACCGUAUCUGCACAAAGACUUGCACUCGAGCUUCAUCGGAAGGAGGGCAUGAGUACUGCUGCGAUUUGAAGCACUACGCGGUAAAAAUGCGACAAGGAAGAUACGUUGGGUUGAGCUGUCUUCCGGAUGGGGAGUAUGUCUUGUUCGUUCACUUCUACGACUACUUGCAACAAUUCGACUCUGUGCAUGAAGUAAAGAUCACGAUCGACCGAAGUGAUAUUGGUAGGUGGUAUCACAGAGCGUUGGCGAGCAACGCGUCGUACCUUGACGUCAUCGACGACUCUCAUGUUCUACGAGAGCAGAAUGGAAGCUUUGAGUUUCACUUGCACAAAUCUGAAGUAGGAGGAACCAGCGGGUCUACUUUGCUGUAUGCUCUUGUGAUCCCUGAUGUGGAUGUUUUGCUGGCAAAGGAGCGAGAAAAGCUCGCGAUCGAGAUUGACGGCAUUGCUUCUUCUUGUAAGUUGGAUUCUUUCAGAAAGUCAAGACCUGAAAGCCAGUACGAAUGUUUCCUUCUCGAUGUCGUGCCGGAUGAGUAUCAAGACAAAAUCGAAAUCAAUCUCUUGCAGUUCGCUGCUACCUACCGACGUGUCCUUGCUUGGUGCCUGCACUUCAGAGCGUUCAUGGCGCGAGAGUUUCUUGAAUCAAGUUUUGCGGGAAGAACAUUGAGCGCAGCUCUCAUGACGUUGCCGCUGACGAUGGACAAAUCAUGCCUCGAAGUUUCACCUCAGAGAAUCUCCGUCAACCUCGGGGAGUUCUCGUGGAGCAGCGCCAGUCAUUCUCAGCUGGGCGCGAGACACGCACCAGACGUGAAGAUUCAUGAAGAGAUCCUCAAGAUGGUAGGCUGGAGCGACGAGCAAGAAGCAAUGACCAACGUUCUUAUCUUCGGGCAUCUCUUCAGACCGAAUCGCCUCUUCAAAUCCCUGAUCCUCUCCAAGCGCCUCGAACUAGGUAUCUCCGGUGUCACCGUGGGGAUUCAACUCUACCAGGUGGCUCGUGUUUCUGAAGAAGCUUUCAAUGUCUUCUGCCGGCAAGUGACCGAUCUCGUACGGCACUAUCAAGCUCAGACCGUCAUUCUUCUUUCUGAGGACACGACAAUACCACGAAUCCGAUCGAUCGCAAGUUUCGUCCAAGCCAUGGAAACGAAAUCCGUGCUCCUACAAUUUAACGGAAUCGUAGAAACAGGAGAUGAAGCAAGUAACGACUUGCAAAUUAUCUCACUGUUCUUGUUCCUUGAAUCUUCUCAGUAUAUCUUGGCAUGCUGUAACGAGAUGUCUAGAUUGCUGCUUGAGCUUGUAAUUUCAAAUGCAAAACAUCGCAAGAUGAACGUUUCUCUGUAUGAUUUCAACAAUCUUUGA